AUGCCUCCGCAUAUUGAAUCCAGUGACGAAGAGUCCACAGGUGAAGCUAUCCCUUUUCACAGCAAGGGAAAUAGGACAUCCCAGCCCAAUAAGAAUGACGACGAAGACGACGAAGAGGAUGAGGGUGAAGAGGAAGAGGACGUAUAUGUAGUGGAGCGGAUAGAAGGGCACAGCUUUGACAAAAAGGUUCGGUCUUAUUCCAUUGCGCAAUUGUUCUUAACCCAGCCUCUAACUCCACGGACUGAACAGGGAAAGCUUCAAUUUGAGGUAAAAUGGAAAGGAUACGAUGAUCCAGCAGAUAUGACGGUAGAACCAGAGGAGAAUUUACUUGACGGUGCUCAAGAGGUUCUGCAAGAGUACUUUAAGAAGAUUGGUGGACGCCCAGAAAAGCCCACAAAGAAGCGGAAAUCGCUAGCAGAGAAGGCAUCAUCUACACCAGAUAAACCAGCGAAGAAGGGAAGGAAGGUCAAUUCUGUCAACGUUGGAACACCAGACCGAGAAGCUUCUCCGGAAGACCUGCCGGAUUGGGUACCGACUACGGACGAUUGGGAUAAUGAACUGCAAUAUAUCAGUACAAUUUCGCGCGACCCUGAUGGCGAUGGGCUUGUUGUCUAUUUGGAAUGGAAAAACGGGAGGAAAUCCAGGGCCUCCCUGCAAACAUGCUACGAACGUUGCCCCCAGAAGAUGCUCCAAUUCUAUGAACAACAUUUGGUCUUUAAAGAAGCAUGA